AUGGCGACAGUGGACAACNAACAGUUUAUAAAGUAUACAAGAAUGUCACAGACCAAUUUCUAUACAUUAUUAGGACUUGUACAACACAAAUUAGUGAAGCACAGCAGACGUGAGCCUAUAAGUCCGGAACAUAGGCUGGUUAUUACGUUAUUCUAUUUAUCUCAAGGUUGCAGUAUGCAGGUAGUUGCGUGGUCCUUUUUGAUUGGAAAAACUACCGCAUCUGUUAUAAUCAAAGAAACUUGCGAAGCGAUAUGGGUUGUUCUUAGUCCCAUAUAUUGCAAACAACCAACAGUCGAAGAAUGGAAAGAGAUAGCAAACGAAUUUUACAGACAGUGGAAUCUCCCUAACUGUUGCGGCGCAAUCGAUGGCAAGCAUAUUACAAUUCAAGCACCAAAUAAGUCAGGAACUGCUUUUUUUAAUUACAAGAAGAGAUUCAGCAUUGUCUUGAUGGCUGCUUGUGAUGCUGAUUAUGUAUUUACACUUAUAGACAUCGGAGCGUACGGAUCGCAAAAUGACGGUGGAGUGUUCUUGGAGUCAGCCUUUGGACAAGGAUUGGAAUCCGGUAAGAUAAAAUUACCAGCAAGCACAUUAUUACCAAACACAGAUAUGAAUUUUCCAUACUACUUCGUUGGAGAUGAUGCUUUUCCUUUAAAACCUUACAUUCUAAGACCUUAUCCGGGAAAGAAUUUAAAUCAAAAACAAAAAAUCUUUAAUUACCGAUUAUCGAGAGCAAGGAGAACAAUAGAAAAUUCAUUUGGCAUUUUAGCAUCGAGAUGGAGAAUCUUGCGAAAUAAUAUCAUUGCCGAAGUUGAUAAUGUAGAAAAGAUUGUCGCUGCCACAGUAUGUUUACAUAAUUUUCUGCGUAUUUCCGAAAAAAAUGCUCAAGAACAAGUAUAUUGCCCUUUAAAUUUUGCCGACACUGUUCGAGAUGAUGGUCACAUUAUACAAGGCUUGUUUCGAGAAGAAUAUGUUGAUAAUAGUUUUCAAAGGAUAGGACGCAUGGGUUCGAAUAAUCCAUUAAGAUCUAUGAUUGUUCUACGUAACAGUAUGGCACACUAUCUUUCGCGCNAAGGGGCAGUUCCUUGGCAGUGGGAGCAUGUUUCAAGAGGAUCCAGACCAGAGUGA